UCUCUGAAUCAUAUGGGAGUUUCAAGAGGACGGGGGUCCGGGAUCACCAAAGACUGAAACGCAAUCUCCCAUUUUCAGUUACAAGGCCAGAUAUUUCAGUUUCAGGGUUACAAGAUGACAAUGGCAUCUAUCAAGUCCAUCCUCGGCGAGGCUGGACAUGGAAACUAUGCGUGACCACUGAGCCGGACCUUGAAGAUUGAAUGAGCAUGUUUGGCACAGUACCUACUCUGCUGAAUCCCCACCUUGUAGCAACAGGUUACGCACCUGGCCUCCCUCAGAUGCACUUAUAGCGCGUGGCUUUGACUUGACUCUUCUCUCGGCACCGUGGUUUAUAUACAUGUCUCCCACCAUGGUGGAGCACAGCGGCCUGGAUAUAAUGUGUCUGAACAAGUACUGCCACAGUUCCUCCUCGUCGUCCAGCUCCGAGCAGGACAAGAAGAUUUUCUCCAAACUAAAGAGCAGCUUGUCGGGGGACUAUCCGAGGAAGAACGCGGAGUUCCUCAGCGGUCAGUACGGGACCAACCUGCUGCUGAUCGGGGCGGCGUUGAUGCUGGCUAUUGCGCACCAUGGGCCCUCUGUCAAGGAAGAGCACCUGCUGUCCUUCGUCACCUGCCUCAUGAUCCUCCAGCUGAUCUGGAUGAUGUGGUACAUCCUGGUGCGGGACAGACAGAAGAACACGCGGACCGAGAAAGAUGUCCACGCUACAACAUGUUGGAUAAGAGGUGGUUUGACUCUCCUUGCACUCCUUUCACUGAUCAUGGACGCUUUCCGAAUCGGGUAUUAUGUUGGCUAUCAGUCUUGUGUGUCGGCCGUGCUCGGGGUAUAUCCUGUCAUCCAUGCAACCCACACCAUAGCGCAGGUGCAUUUUCUCUGGUUUCACAUCAAAGAUGUCAUCAAAAGCUUUGAAACAUUUGAGAGAUUUGGUGUGAUCCACGCAGUCUUUACCAACCUCCUCCUGUGGUGCAACGGUGUGAUGUCAGAGGCCGAGCACUUCUUGAACAACCACAAGAGGAGACUCUCUGCCCUGGGCUACGGAAACCUCACUAUAGUGCACUCAGAGCCUCACUGUAACUGCACCACCAGCACCUGCUCCAUGUUCUCCAGCAGCCUCUACUAUCUCUAUCCAUUCAACAUCGAGUACCACAUCUUCGUCUCGGCCAUGCUCUUUGUCAUGUGGAAGAACAUCGGACGGACCAUUGACCUUUCCAUGACCCGGAAACGGCUGGCUACCAAAACCCAGGGCCUGACCUUAGGCCCCAUUCUGGGUCUAAUUGCACUGGCCAGCACUAUCGGGAUCCUGGUGGUCUACAUCACCCAUGUCGAGCAGUCCCUCCCAAUGCGCCAGUCAGCCAUUUCCAUGUUCUACAUUUAUGGCAUUGUCAUGCUGGUGAUCAUGUGCUCUACCGGUGCUUCAGGUCUGCUCAUAUACCGAGUGGACCACAUGCCGCUGGACACCACCAAGAACCCAUCCAGACAGCUGGACACAGAGCUGCUGUUUGGAUCCUCUAUCGGCUCGUGGCUCAUGUCCUGGUGCAGCGUAGUGGCUGUGUUAGGCACCAACAGCAGCCCUCCUUACCGCUGGACCAACCUUGUCUACUCUCUGCUCAUUGUGCUGGAGAAGUACAUCCAGAAUCUCUUCAUCAUAGAGUCCCUUUAUCGCCAGCAAGAGGAUCGAGAGCGAGAGGACCCCGAGCUACUAGCAUCUCCAGAAAUCUUCUCGGUGACGUCCUCUUUGGCCCCUCCAUACAACGGCAUCAUCAACCGAGCCUAUGAGACUCCAGACAGGUCCUGUGUCACCAUGGAGAACGAGCAGGAGGGGAGCGGACAGGUGUAUAGGUGUCCAAGGAAACCAUCGGAGGUGCCACUGCCUGUGGGAAACAAAGUAGGGGAGCCCACAAAUAUAAAGAGGCAAAUUCUGAAGAACAUUGCUGUCUUCCUGCUCAUGUGCAACAUUUCGCUGUGGAUCCUUCCUGCCUUUGGCUGCCGGCCACAGUACGACAACGGGUUGGAACAGGAGACAUUUGGCUUCAGCAUGUGGACCACAGUUCUCAAUUUCGCCAUCCCUUUGAACCUUUUCUACCGCAUGCACUCAGUCGCCUCCCUCUUCGAGGUGUUCCGCCGGGUCUGACAGAAUCGCAGAUGAAUGACAAUGCCAGAUAACAUGCACAGGAACACUUGUCACCAUCGGCUACAUGGGAGUGUCUCAGAGCGCAGGUCAACCGUUCAGGAGGCAGUCUGGGUCACACUCUGACAGACAUGAAAGCAAGCCGUGGAGACAAACAAAACAGUGUGGGGAUUACAGAGGAAGACAAACUUAUUAGUCCAUGUUCCUUGAAGACUUUGUAUAACGUGAGGCUUAUUCAAGACUGCGAUGAAAAGAACCUUUCUACCUUUCAUCCUGUAUUCACACGUCCAGUGCGUUUGUUCCUCACUGAUACAUCAUGCAAAAUGCUGUGUCUGCCACGCACAUGUAAUAACUGAGAGUAUACCACAGCCACUGGAACACCUAUUAGUCUCAAAUAUCUAAUUAUGUAAUAGUACUGUAUCUUAAUGGAGCCACACUGGUGUUCCACUUGACUCAUAUUUUAUCUGCAUGUGAAAUGAUCAUACUGUAUAUGGAGAUGGUUCUCAUUUACUUCUCUUAGUAUUUCAAGUAGUUUAAUGGAACACUUGAGCUACACUGAUAGUGACAAUCUUAGCACUAUAUCUUGAAUAAUCUCUAUGAGUUGGACUAUAGUUCUCAGACGUAGGACCUGCCUCUCACAGUCAUUUAAGGGUCAUCAUUGUCCAUUUGUAAGGUGAAUGGUAAGUUACGUUCAAAGUGUUGUUACUAGGUAGCGCUACUGUUUUUGUUAUCCCGGAACCUUGUGUAUCAGCAUUAGAAGUGCAAGGUGAGAUAACAAAUGUCCUGACAAACAGGUUUCCCAUCUACACCCUGAUAACGCUGAAUUCUUCAUACACAGCGAGGUCCAAAAGUCAGAGACCACAUUAAAAUCAUCUAUAUUCACGUAAACCAGUGAGGAAAGUGAAGGAAAGCAUCAGAAGUCAAACUGUAAGCUGAAGCUCUCGCAGUGUCCAGACUAAAGGUUUCCUGGGAGCAGUGAGUGAAACUCUAAAAUACCAAUAUCCAAAGCACGAUCAGGCAGAACCAUGGUGACCACUCCAUCAGAAGAUCAAUACAUUGAGCUUAGGUCCCUAAGAGAUAGAAGAAGAAGCAGAAGUAGCUUCAUCACAAAUACAGUCAUCAGGUUUUUCACAAACUUGUGCAGUCCAUACCAGCUUGAGUGCAUCUGUUAUUAAAGAAAAAAGGGGAACAUACCAAAUACUAAGAUAUUCUGACAUUCAUUGCCCUUUUUCAUUGAUUGGACUUUUCAUGAAAUUGGCACAUGAUAGGCAGUGACAUUAUCAUUUGUAAUUAAAGAAAACAUUGUUACAUUUGGAAUAAAUGCAAAAAAAGAAGUAGACUAGUGGUCUCAGUCUUUUUGACCCUGCUGCAGUUUAUCAUUAAAGUGGGAAUCUUGGGAAUCUUGUAUUGGAAUACUUUAAGGAUUAUUACGCCAGAUUCUUACAAAAUCAAAUGUUGCAGUGAUAACCGUAGACCAGAUAUUAUAUGUUUACACCAGAAGGAUCAAUAGAAAAAACACCCCAGUCUGUGACAUUAACAUGAAUAGCAGAUUAUCUACUUGUACUGUACAAAUCAAUGUAUAUCUUCAGCUAAGCAAGUUCUCAACCUGGUGCUAUCCACUGUAUGUGUUCUCACUAUGUGCCAACGUGUGGUAAAACCCUUGUUUUUGUAGGUGCAAACGGCAAUAAUAUAUUAUCUCUGUAAAUACUGUCAUGCUGAUCAGAAUCAUCAUUCAGAAACUGUGAUAUGAUUUUGUGUAAUUCCACUGAAAUGGUGCUCAAAUGAAAUUAUGUGUACAAUAGUGAUGAAUGUAUAUCUUUCGCCUUAUUGAAAUAAAGAAUAGUUUUCUUUUUGUUUCAUACACAAGACGUGUCAAAUCUCUAGGGUCAAAAAGGCUGAGACCACAAGUCCAAAUUAUGU